AAAACAGACCAUGGAGUUUCUAUCCUUAUGCAGUUUCGGGCAUCUCUGAAGGAACUUGGGUUCUGAGAAAGCAAGUUUUCUAAAAGCAAGGUGACCCUGAGACUUUUUGGACUUACGGUUCCCAAAGGAAGGACUGGAGGGCUGGCUUCUGGAAACUGUGAUUGGAGCAAGGGGAAACUCAGUGAUCUUGUCCAGGCAGCUGCUCUUUGACCCUUGACCUCUGAAUGGGGCAGGGCCCCUGGUGUUCAAGGCAGAAAAAGAAGGGAGUGGUCAGGGAUGACCAUCUUAAUGGCUGCAUUAGUACCCCUGGGGAAUAUAACCUGCACCUCCAGUCCACAAAGAAGGGGAAGGAGAUCAAUAAUCAAUCCCAGGAAGACUCUGGAAAGCUGGAAAAAGCAGCCGACUGUGACCAGCUGGUGACAAGAAAUACUGUGGGGAGACAUCCACUUCAGAGAGGAAGGGGCCCCGCCAUCCCCCCGGCCAGCAUGGUUCCUGGGUCUGCUGGGAAAAGCAAGAAGGGCAGCUCAUUGUCCUCAUCCUCAUCUUCCAUCGACCCAAGGACAGGACGCCCCUUGAUGCCAAAAGGUCACUCAGGCCGCAGAGGAGCACCCCAGCUCCAGCUCCCCGCCAAGGGCCCCAGCACCACCAAAGACUCCGAGAUCCAGCUGCUGCAGAUGGAGCACGAGGAGCUCAGGGGCCAGCUGAGACGUCUCCGGGUCAAUCCCCUUCACUUCGUGGGCCCGCCAGAGAGUCUGGAGGCUGGAGGGCGUGCACCCAGGGGACUGGCCCAAAGAGAAUGGGCUGAGCCCUGUGAGGAAGGGCUGGUCGGGCAGAAGCCUGCUGACGUGGAGCAGCUGCUCAAACAGUCUCAGAGGGAGCUGCUUUGGCUACAGAGGCAGCUGGCCUUCGUCUCUACAGGAAGUCCCACCUACCUCCUGCCUCCUCCAGACCAAAUUGGGGUUACCCUGGAGGAGAUGCAGAGGCACAUUUCGGUGUCUACUUUGCUGGCACCAGUGCUGGCUGCUGAGGUGACUUUGAUGGGCAGUCAGGAAACCACAGCCCAUGACAACAUAGGCCUGGGUUAG